CACCACCGCCACUGAGCUGCUGGUUCACAGACAUAACACAAACCACGGCGUCUCUGAACUGGCAAGACGACGACAUUGCCUGUAUGAUCACUAACCACAGUAUUAUUUGGUGGUGGGACGUCCUAUGGAAUGAUGAAGUUGGAUUAGAGGAAACUUUCAUCGCGCUGAAUCACAUUAACCUGACUAACCUUUCUCCCUACACUAAUGUCACAGCUGGUGUAGCAGCCGCCACUGACAGUGGUUAUGGUGCGCCCACAACUUGCUGGGGUCUUACACUUCAAGACAUACCUGGAGCUCCGGCAAUCACCACCAUCAAGUUAACUGAACACAGCAUCUAUGUCACUUGGUCUCCGCCCGAAGAAGCCAACGGACAAAUAUUAGGUUACUCAGUCAACAUUAUAAAUGAGAUUAGAAAUAUAACCUUAUAUACUGAUGGAAUGUAUAAUAAUGCUGUGAUCUUCGAUAUACAACAAAACCAGUCGUAUAAGAUCACAGUGGAGGCUGCAACUGAGGCAGGCUGGGGACUUCCGUCUGAUGCAGUGACUAUUUAUACCGCAGGUAAUGAGAUGUUAAGGAAGUCUUGAAUAUAGAGUGGAACUGGCUCACAGAUGGCUCCAACCUCAUCCUGUUUCCUACUUGUAUGUUCCAUAACAAUAAAAAUGCUUUCAAAUGAGCUGAUGUAUGUAACAGCUCUUAUCUUGUCAAUAAAGUUAGGAAUCCUUAA